UUUUUUUUUAGGGUUGAUGGCGGUUAAUCACCGUUUUAAUUGAUAAAAUGAAUUGAAACUUAAAUUACAGUUUCUUUUGUUCUUUUAAAGAACACAUGUGGUUUUGUUAUUUAAACUUGUCAUUGAUGUACAGGCAAGAAUUGAGUGCCAGCGCAGGAGAGAUGUUACCACUAUCCCCCCAUGGUUGUCUUCUCAGAGGUCUUUGUUGCUCUCCUAGCCGGUGAUUAGCCGGUUCAGUUAUCCUCAGUCUCCGUCUGUUUUAAAGUGAAAACACACUGUGUUCGAACAAACACUUCACUCAGUAAGAAAUUAUUUCCACAUAAACAUCUGUCAGCUGGCAUACUUCAAAUUUGAUAACAUUUAGCUGCAGCUCAUAUUUUUUAAAUAAAUAAUUAAGCCUAGCUACAGUAGUGUUAGUCUGAAUGAACAUGUGCUAAUAAAAAAGUUGUUACUGAUUAGUGAUUCAAUCUGUGGAAACAUGGUGAAGAGGCCUACCUAAAUUUUCAAACGUAGUGGGGUCAAGGGUUAGACUCUGACCUGAGUAAAACCAGUUUGUAGGGUAAAUCAGUUCAUUAUUACAGACCUAUGUCCCCAACCAACAUCCAUCACCCCACUUUGCAUUCAAAUGUGUACACGCCUACAUGAUCUGGUGAGAUGUUGGACUCCAGUGACUGCACCUUGUCCUUGGACAAUCUGUUCUUUGAGAAACCCAUUGUCCACAAAGUAAUGCCGCUGAACCAGGAGGCCAGUCCAUGGCAGCUGGAAAUGCCUCCAUCUCUUUCUCAGAUUCCAGCCACUCAGGAUAUUCAGGAAGAGGCAGAAUCACUCUUUACCCUAUACAGUUUCUCACAGAAAUCCAAGAAGUUCCUGCCCCCAGUAUCCACUGGCCUCUUAUCAAAAAUCAACAGUUCUUACAGUUUUAGCAAUGACGAGAAAAAGAUUGAGGAGACUCAGGGUGGCAGCAACAGUAACAGCAUCAGCAGAUGUGAUGGCCUUUGGGGAGUUGAAGGGUUCAGGUAUUACACUCAGGGUGCCUGUCAGAGUGGCAGAGGUGGAGAUGAAACCCCGCAGGACUCUGGUCAUGCAGCCAUCAGCAGGAGGUGUUUGUCUCUGGACUGCAGCAAAAGCCCACCUUUAAGAAAAAGCUUGUUCAAGGUUCAGGUGUUGUACACUGGAGGUGACUCGUCAAACACGGAUGACCUCAGUAGCAGCGGCGGCAGCAGCCAGACAGCAUCCAGACCUCAAACUUUUCUCAGCCGGGUUACCAUGGCGACAGUGCCUCCUCCUCUUCAGCCGCCACGGGCGACAGUUAGCCAGGCAGCUCCUCCUUUCCCCUCAAAGCCCCCCCUUUCACCCCCUCCUCUGGGCUCAUCUGCAGCGAACGGCCAACCCCCCCGUCAGGCGACACAUGCAGAGAUGCCGGACAAGGGCACAAAGAGAGCCUUCGUUCCGCCCAUGACGCCUCAGCCACUCUGCAUACAAGGUUCGGGGUCUGAAGUUUUGCGACCUGUUUCUGAAAUCCCAUCUAAGUUCAGAUCUGUCUUCAGUGAGUUCCCCUUUUUCAACUACGUUCAGUCCAAAGCGCUCGAUGAUGUUCUUUACACAGGUAAGAACUUUGUGGCAUGUGCUCCUACUGGAUCUGGUAAAACAGUGCUGUUUGAGCUGGCCAUUAUUCGCCUUCUAAUGGAGACGUCAGAGCCCUGGAGAGACGUCAAAGCUGUCUAUAUGGCCCCUAUCAAAGCUCUGUGCAGUCAGUGCUUUGAGAGCUGGAAGAAGAAGUUUGGCCCUCUGGGGCUGAACUGUAAGGAGCUUACAGGUGACACAGAGAUUGAUGACUUCUUUGAGAUUCAGGACUCCCACAUCAUCCUGACCACACCCGAAAAAUGGGAUAGCAUGACAAGAAAGUGGAAGGAUAACUGUCUGCUGCAGCUAGUCAGGCUCUUCCUUAUCGAUGAGGUUCAUGUGGUGAAAGACGCGACCCGUGGUGCCACCUUGGAAGUGGUGGUGAGCAGGAUGAAGGCAGUACAUGCCUACAGGACAGCACAGAAUCCAGAGGCAGGCCUCUCUAUGAGGUUUGUGGCUGUGUCAGCCACCAUACCCAACAUCUCUGAUAUAGCAGACUGGCUGUCUAAUGAGACCGGUCCAGCCACAUAUCUAGAUAUGGAUGAGAGUCAUCGUCCAGUGAAGCUGAGAAAGGUGGUGCUAGGUUUCCCCUGCAGCCCAAACCAAACAGAGUUCAAGUUUGACCUGUCACUCAACUACAAGAUGGCCAACAUCAUACAGACUUACUCUGACCAGAAGCCUGCUCUGGUGUUUUGCUCUACCAGGAAAGGAGUCCAGCAGUCAGCUGCAGUUUUGGCCAAAGAUGCUCGAUUCAUCAUGAGCAUUGAGCACAAGCAAAGGUUGAUGAAAUAUGCAAACUCCAUUCUGGAUUCAAAACUGAGAGAUCUGGUGAUGUUAGGAGUUGGUUACCACCAUGCAGGGGUUGACUUGGCAGAUAGGAAGCUGAUAGAAGAGGCCUUCACUCUGGGAGACCUGCCUGUUCUCUUUACCACCAGGACUCUGGCCAUGGGGGUGAACCUGCCAGCUCAUCUGGUGGUAAUCAAGUCCACCAUGCAGUAUGUUGCAGGCUCCUGUGAAGAGUAUAGCGAGGCUGACCUGCUGCAGAUGAUAGGCCGAGCUGGGAGACCACAGUUUGACACAUCAGCGACUGCAGUGAUCAUGACCAAGCUUCAAACCAGAGACAAGUACAUGAAACUUAUGAAUGGGAUGGAAAUUAUUGAGAGCAGCUUACACAGUCACCUGAUGGAGCACCUGAAUGCUGAGAUUGUUCUCCAAACCAUCAGUAAUGUCAACAUGGCUCUGGACUGGAUACGCUCCACCUUCCUCUACAUCAGAGCCCUCAAAAACCCCACACACUACGGUUUCUCCGCCAACUUAGACAGAUGUGGAAUCGAAGCAAAACUGCAAGAACUGUGUCUGAGAAACCUCAACUCUCUGUCCUCCAUUGGUCUGAUCGACAUGGAUGAAGAUAUCAACAUCAAACCAACAGAGGCUGGCAGGUUGAUGGCGAGGUACUGCGUUGCUUUUGAUACCAUGAAACAGUUCUGCAAAGUGGCUGGCACUGAGAACCUGUCCGACCUGAUAGAGCUGUUGUCGAGGAGCAGAGAGUUCAGCGACAUCCAGUUGAGAAUGAAUGAGAAGAGGUCCUUAAACACUUUGAACAGGGACAAGAACAGGAUCACCAUCAGGUUUCCCAUUGAGGGAAAGAUCAAAACCAGUGAGAUGAAAGUGAACUGCUUGAUUCAGGCUCAACUGGGUUCCAUCUCAAUUCCAGAGUUUGGACUUACACAGGACACAGCAAAGAUCUUCAGAAAUGGGAUGCGUAUCAGCAAAUGUCUGUCAGAGUUCCUGAGUCAGCGAUCCAAGACUGGUUUUUCUGCCCUGCUCAACUCCCUGAUCCUCGCUAAGUGCUUCAGAUCAAAGCUUUGGGAAAACUCACCCUAUGUUUCCAAACAGCUGGAGAAGAUAGGCCAGACUCUGUCAACAGCCAUGGUGAACACUGGACUCACCACUUUCAGCAAAAUAGAGCAAACCAACCCCAGAGAGCUUGAGCUGAUUCUCAACAGACAUCCACCAUUUGGCAACCAAAUCAGAGAAUCUGUCGUACACCUCCCUAAGUAUGAAGUUACACUGGAGCAGCUCCCAAGAUAUAACUGUGCUACAGCAGAGAUCGUGGUGAAGGUGAUCCUAAAAAACCAAGCACAGCUGCUGUCCAGAAGAACAGCUCCGGACCACCACUACGUCUCCCUGAUCAUCGGAGAUUCUGACAACAAUGUGGUCUUUCUACAGAAACUCACGGACUUGGUGCUGUUGAAGUGUGGCAGCUGGUCGAGGAAGAUUGAGGUGGCGAAGGCCUCAAAAGGAGAGGAGAUCAGUGUCAGUCUCAUCAGCUCAGAAUAUGUGGGCUUUGACAUCCAGCAGAAGUUCAAAGUGUACUACUCAGGAGCUAGGAGGUUUGGUGCUGAUAAUCCAUACAACAUACCGUAUAAUGCUGCUGGACAGAGACCGCAGCACUCUGCACUGAAACCACAGUCUACAGAUCAGGCUACACCCCAGAGGGAAGAUGUCACAUCUGCUACAGACCAAGAAAACAUGACAACUUCACAAUCCGAUUUAGGCGACAAAAGACAGUGCAACCAUUUCUGCAAGAAUAAGGAUCUCUGUGGCCAUGAGUGCUGUAAAGUAGGUGUGACUGUGGCAAGGAAGAGGUCAGCAAAUCAAGAAUGCAGUUUUUCUUCUUAUUUGAAAGACCUGAGGAGCAGGUGUGACACACUGGCACAGACUCCUGUCAAACGACUCAAGAUGAAGAUGAGUGAGGAGUCUGUGUCUGUCAACAUGCAGGAGUUUGCUUACAAACCCAAAGAGCGGCUUCCUACUGUUUCUUGGUAUGGGAUAGAUGGCUGUGAAGCUUCAGUGAGACCUCACACUAAGAUUGUGGAUCUGACAGGAGUUGACUGCACUCAACCGACAGACAUAAUUCAUCUGGAUGAUUUUGACAGUGAUUAUGACUGUGAUGGAGACAUGCACGGGAUGAUGGAGGAGCCGGUCCAAACCCCUGCUGCAUCUCAUGCUCACCAUCAAAGUUCUUCAGCGUGGAUGAACAGAGGAACGAGUGGUUGGAGUCAGAAUCCUGAACAGCGUCUAAACCAGAUCAACCAGUACACUCACUGUCAAACUGUUUCACCCUCACAAAUACCAACAGUCAGCUUUGACCUGGGAAAUGAGUGGGAUGACUUUGAUGAUGAGAACUUGGUACAUGCCAGUGAGACAUCGUUUGCCUCGAGCACAGCAAAUGUUAAACCUCAAAUCCAGCAGUCUGUUGAAAACAACAUGUCAGGUUUUGCUGCUACAUCAGCACCCCUGUUUUCCAGUUCCCCACAAGUCAAAUCCUGCAUGACUGCUGCCAAGACACCACUGAGGCCAAUUUCGCCAAAUGUAAAUCCUGAAAUCAGAAGGCCAGGACCCUCACUGGUCACAGUCAGACCACAGAACAGAAUCACACUCGACUGGAAUAAAAAGAAACCAAGCAUCUUCAGUGAAGAUAUCACAGGAAAAACACCAGAAAGUUUCCCAAAACAGACGCAUGUGGUUCCAACGUCUAGAAGGUUUGAUUUCUUCUCAUCAAUGCGAGGCCCAGCCAACACAAGCUCAUGUGUCAACAGAAGCAUCAACAGCAAAGAGGAGGAAGCUUUCCUCGGGAUAUUUGAUGGUAUAUUUUAGAAGCAGUGCUUGUCUGUCUCUGCUAUGAAUUUAUUAUUAGCAAGUGUUUUCUUUAUGUUUGUGUUCAUCUUUCUAAAACCUGUCAGCUUUACAUCAACAAUUGUCAACUGUUGUUAAGUCAUGUUGUCAUAUUGUAAAUGAAACAAAUGGUUUCUAAUGUUGUUCAAAUUGUUUCUA